AUGCCUAGAGACGACCUCUCCAUCGAUUUCGUACACAAAAUGGCCCCCUCGGUGGAGGCCCAAGACCCGGGCCUUAUUCUCGACGAUUGGGUCCAUCGUACGUCCAAUUUGCAUGAGGAAAUCCGCUUCUUGCAAGAUGAAAUCCACGACAAGGAUCGGGCAUACCAUGAAUGCGUGAAAGCUGCAGAGGAGAGCGAUGCUAAGAUUCAGCGCUGGAUCCGUGCUAACACAAGCGCCCAACCCAAUCCGCGAGAGGAUUUCCUGCGCAACAUUAUUCGGACAAACUACGACAAGGCCGAGCUAUUGGCAUACGAGAAGAUGACCUUGUCCACCAAACUGACCCAAGUCUUUGACAAGCACCUGCGUCACUUGGAUGGGCAGGUCAAGGUGCUGUACGAUCGACAAGAACCAGGCUUUUCGAAUCCCGACGAAACCCCUUCUGUUCUACGACCGAGCGCUGCGAACCAUAGCAUUCCCAGUACAACAAAAUAUGCAAUUGCUGCUUCUUCGCCCUUGGGUGGAUUCCCGAAUAAUGCGACGGCCAGCGCUAGACUGGCAAACCCUCAGAUCCGGACGACUCAGGUGCAAGCACACGGCUCCGUCUCGGCACCAGUCUCGCCCGCCGCAACCAUCAUCCUCAACCGCAAAGAUCGAGAGUCCUCAGCUGGUCCUGGAAGUGGCGUCCCUAAGAGAGGCCCUCGAAUCAAUACCAAUGUGGGAACCGCACCAUCAGCAUCAAGUGGUCUGGCACGGCACUCGUCCAUUGGACCGGGAACACCAAAGGCAGGAACACCAGCGGGGUCGCGAGCAGGUAGUGUCCAGCCUCGAGCGACCACCAAGUCCAGUAGCGGCGUGCGCAAGAGCACCCCGAGCAGCAGCAGUACCGGGCGUAAGAAGCCCCCAAACGCCAAGUCGGGUCUCAACCGGGUGAAGCAGGUGGGACGAUCUAAAGGCUCUCCCACCUCGACGGCCGACAGCGAGCUUUCGGAUGCCGAGUCUGCGCCCAGCUCGCGUGCAGGCUCACGAGCAGGCAGUGGUACACCGGCACCUUCUGCGGCGACUAGUCAUCUGCCGCACAAGCGGCCCCAUAAGCAUUCCGGCGGCGGCGGCGGCGAUGACGAUGACAUGGCUGAUAGUGACAUUGAUGGCAGCGGAUCAGGCGAGGAGGACCCAGAUGAGGAGGGCAAGAAGUACUGUCUGUGCCAGCACGUGUCGUAUGGCGACAUGGUGGCUUGUGACAAUCCGAAUUGUCCCUUUGAGUGGUUUCAUUGGAACUGCGUGGGCCUCAAGAGCGAGCCAGAGGGUCGGUGGUUCUGCCCCGAAUGCCGGGAGCAGCGAAAAAAGGGAAAAUAG